AUGGCUACCACCACAUCCACUGAAACCGAAAACAUACCCCCCUCUUCCAAUCUUCUUUCUCUUAUCACGUUAAACACAGGAACACAGAUUCCAAUUAAGCUUGAUGGCACUAAUUACCCAGCAUGGCGAGUUCAAUUCAACGCCUUGCUAAUUGGCUAUGACCUACAAGGAUAUGUUGAUGGCACAAAUCCAUGUCCUCCAAGCACAGAUGACGGCUACACUCGCUGGAAACGCCAAGACCAGCUCCUAAUUCAUGCCAUAAUUUCUUCUGUGACUGCUCAAGUGGUUAACUUUCUCGGCAACGUUACCACCUCUAAACAAGCCUGGGAUAUCCUCACGCAUAUGUAUGCCAACAAGUCUCGCUCCCGCGUCAUGACACUCAAAGAACGCCUGGCCACAACUGUCAAAGGCUCGCGUUCCAUCACGGAAUAUCUUCAGACCAUCAGAUCUGUUUCGGAUGAACUAGCCAUAAUUCAAUCUCCUGUUGAUGACCUUGAUCUUGUUAUUCACACUCUCAAUGGCCUUGGACGCGAAUACCGUGAAUUAUCUGCAGCGCUGCGAGCUCGUGACACACCAAUUGCCUUUGCUGAUCUCUAUGAAAAGCUCAUUGAAUAUGAGUCUUUCAUUGCCAAAGAGGAUCGGGCAAAUGAGUCACCUGUCAUCCCUACGGCGCACGCUGCUACACGCACACGUGGUGCUCCCUUCAAGCCUCGUCACGGUUCCAGCGGUGUGCAAUCUUCUUCCUCUCGUUCUCAGCCGUCUCACCCACGUUCUCAGUUUGCUGGUCCCUAUCAUCACCUGUAUUGCCAGACAUGCAAAAAGUAUGGCCAUGAUGACCGCAUUUGCUACAGGAUACAUGGGUAUCCCAACAAGCCAAAAGCUGCUUAUGCAGUUGCGCCUGCUGCCUCCCCUUCCUCCCUCACGCUCUCAUUCAUGUGCGCAGUCCUACCCAUCAUUUUCAUCAUCAACUAG